CGAUUGCCAUUCCUUGCUGCUAGCACAUGGCGAAACGACUGCAGUACAUGGCCGGGAAAUGUUAUGCUUGACUUCUUGAAGUAGUCGAUCAUUUUGUUGUCUUACACACACGAUACGUUAUCAUAAUGUCAGAGUUACAAGCGAGGUUUUACACAGAGAACCCAAGGUACGUCAUAGACGAUGUUCCAUUCUCCAUCCUGGCCAGUUCUGAAGCGCAGGACCUCAGCAAUGUCAUCAACAUGUUACUGGAGGCCAAAAACGCAUCUCAUAGUAAGGUGGAGUUUGACUUCCUGGUCAGGGGUCAGUUCCUGCGAACGGCGCUGGUCCUUCACAUGGAAGCAGAAGGCAUAUCCACGGAAGAGGUUGUCGAGAUCGAGUACGUGGAGCGGAUCACGGCGCCAGAACCCGAGGAGUGUAUGAUGCACGAUGACUGGAUCAGCGCUGUAGACGCGGAUGCCGAAUGGAUCCUGACCGGGUGUUACGAUAAGACUGCUAAUAUCUGGUCUUUGGAGGGCAAGGCUAUGACGAAAGUGACGGGACACACUGACGUGGUCAAAGAUGUUGCCUGGGUUAAGAGGGAUGGCCUGACUUCACUGCUGUUGACUGCCUCGCUUGACCAAACCCUCAUCCUAUGGGAGUGGAACUCUGAGAAGAACAAAUUGGACGCCAAGCAUUGUUGCAGGGGACACACGGGGAGCGUUGACACAGUCGCCACAGACCCCACGGGUUCCAAGUUCUGCAGCGGCUCUUGGGACAAAAUGUUGAAAAUCUGGUCAGCAGUUCCCACAGAUGAGGCAGACGAGGUCGAUGAGCCCGGCGACAGGCCCAGGAAGAAACAGAAGACCCAACAGCUGGGCCUCACCAGGACGCCGCUGAUGACGUUAUCUGGCCACACCGAGGCCGUGUCCUCCGUGCUGUGGUGCGACAGCGAGGAGGUUUGCAGCGCAUCCUGGGACCACACCAUCCGCUUGUGGGAUGUGGAGACCGGAGGGAUGAAGACAACCCUGAACGGGAGCAAAGUGUUCAACAGCGUCUCCUACUCGCCGCUAUGUCGGCGGCUGGCGUCCGGCAGCACCGACAGACAUAUCAGGUUGUGGGACCCUCGCACCAAAGAUGGCUCGCUGACACUGCUGUCACUCACCUCCCACACUGGCUGGGUCACUGCUGUCAAGUGGGCGCCGUCGCAUGAGCACCAGUUGGUUUCUGGUUCCCUGGACAACCUGGUCAAACUGUGGGACACCAGAAGCUGCAAAGCUCCUCUGUAUGACUUGGCAGCUCAUGAAGAUAAAGUGUUCUGCGUGGACUGGACAGAAAGCGGGUUGAUGUUAAGUGGAGGAGCGGAUAACAAGUUGUACACCUACAGAUACUCGGCUUGCCAGACUGAUGCGGGGGCGUAGCAUCAACAGGCAUUUGCCACACUCCCAUUUUAUUUUUACACAUUUCCAGUAUUAUUCUCAUCAUGUAAUUCCUCAAGCACACAUAAAUGGAUUUGAGCUA